AUGAAGUACCUCUUACAAGCGAUCGAAGCCAAACGCGCUUCGGUCAAACUAGGCGAUGCUGAACUUCGACAACUUCUCACCGAGGUCUGCAAGGGGCGCGAUGAACGCGAAGAAUUCCUGGAAUCCAUCGAUCGAAUCAUCACCGAACUGAAAAACUACACGGAGCACUCGACCGCUUUCCUCUCCAAAGUGAGCAAACGCGAUGCGCCCGACUACUACGAUGUCAUCAAGCACCCCAUGGAUCUCGGCACAAUGCAGAAGAAGGUCAAGUCGGGACAGUACAAGAACAAGAAACAAUUUGCCCACGAUCUCAAUCUGAUCUGGGAGAAUUGUUUGUUGUACAAUUCGGACCCAACGCAUCCGUUGAGGAGGAACGUAGCGUUUAUGCGCAAGAAGGCCGAUCACCUGCUAGAGUUCAUCAGUGAUAAAAGCGACGUCAAGGACGCGCUCGUCCAGUGGGGGAGCACCGCGCCCAUGACAGCAACGGUGAACGUGGAUGGCAAAGUGGCCAACGUUGGCACACCGCAAACAGGUGGCGCGCCGAAAAAGUCGGGAGAGGGAAAGCAACAAGCGCGCAAACGCACGAGGAAGUGGGAUGAGGUCAAGUUUGAAGAUCAAGAAGCGUUUGUGAGAACGCCGCAGAACAUGCUCGAGUUUGCGCGGAUCGAUGCGAGAUUGAACCUGGUAGAGGCCAACCGAGUAGCAGGGCCGAGUUCAAGACCGAUGCUAAUGGCGCCAGUGGAAGCAAUGGAUCGCAUCAAGAGGGACGCCGACGAGGAUCCGCUCAGUGCCGUGCUUGGAUCCAUCUUUGCCCCUCUGCUGGGAGAAAAGGGCAAAGAAAAGGCGACGCCGGAACCACAAUCUCGAACGCAGUCGCAUUCAGGAUCUACGCCUGCUCCGAUGGGUGCUGCUGUUCAGGAGAUUACGCCACUCGAUGCCUCUGCGGACUGGUUUACCGUCACUGGAUCUCAUCAGCUCAUGUCGGGCGCUCUUCCCGCUCUGCCGUCGUCAGCGCUGAUUGCGCCCACGGUCGACCAAGCGAAUACGACGAGAGGCAAAAGACGGCGGAAACCGUUUCAUCUGGUUCCCGCUACACGGCGAAAGGGUCUGCAGGGCAAAAUUGCACGCAACAUUCGGACGCUGCACAAGGUGCAAGCCACGCAUGCCAAGUUUCAGUCGCUAGCGCACUUUGUCGAGAACGAAGCGCCGAUCCCGGCUUAUUUAACAUCCAUGUCGUCCGAUGAAGAAUCCGACUAUCCUUCCGAGCCUGAAGAUUGCGCGCACCAACCGAACGGCCCAUUCUUACGCUUACGCAACCCGUUCUCGCGCAUGUCGGCCGAAUCAGCGCGCGACCAUGCCAGCUACAAUGUGCGCUUGAUGCUCUCACACGCCGGCUUUGAAGGCGGUCAUCGCUCGGCCGUCGAUACACUCACCGACACGCUGGGAGAGUUUUUGGGCAACAUGGGACGCAUGCUUCGCAUCUACUCGGAUCGGUAUGCCUCGACGCUCUCGGCAGAAGAGAUGGUGCUACAUACGUUACAGGAAUGUGGCAACGCAUCGGUGGCUUCGCUGGAGAACUACAUUCGAAACGACGUGGAACGGUACGGCUCCAAGAUGUCGGAUCUGCUGCGCAAGUUGAGAAGCAGCUAUCGGGAGCAGUUUAAUCUGUCGACGGAGCGCGGGGUGGUAGAAGAUGAGAUGUUGUUCGCCGACAAUGGCGAGGCAUUGAUUGCGGGUGGAUUUGCCGAGGAUUUGGGCGACGACUACUUUGGAUUCAGGGAACUGGGGUUGGAUCAAGAGUUGGGCAUGAGUGGGUUGACGGUGCCGACGAGGUUGUUUUACGGGAGAGGCAAAGCGGGUGCUGGAGGCGGAGGGGCGACGGGAGCCAGAGUGUCGGGGACCAAGGAGAACGUGUUACCGUAUCCGCCGCCGCCCGAACCGAUCGCGCUGGUCUCGGCGGCCAUCAGCGAUCAGAUUGGGCUGCUGCAGUCGUUCUACCAGGACAAACUGCGCGAGCAUCGACAAGGCUGCAAAAACGCGCAGGACCAAGCUGCGAAACCCAACAACGACGACGCCAAGCAGCUGGAACAAGACGAAGCGCGCUCGGAUCGAACAGAGACGAAAGCGGACGCCGUCGUACUCGCCAACACGCUCGCGGACCAAGAACAGGAAAAGCAACGGUACAAAGUGCCGCCUACAGGCAAGAUGCCGCGUCGGCUGAUAUGGAGCGCGUCACUAGAGCGAAAACAGCUGGCGGAUCGCAAGGCGGCCGACGAAAGGUUGGGCUCCACCAACGCUCUCACUCUCGGUAUUGGCAUGUCGAGCGGCGGCGCUGCGCGAACGGCUGGUGUGCCAGCUUCGACCACCAAGAAAGACUCAAAGUUGACCAAAAAGAACGCCAUCACUGCUUGA